AUGGAGCCAGAUAUCAAGAAGCCAAAGAAGCUAUGGCGUGUCUGGAAGGCGGCUGAUGAGUUGGAAGAAAGGCAGAAAGAAUUCUAUCCUUCUGUCACUCCCAAAAUUGUGUCUAUCCUUCGCCAAUGGGGGACAAAAUGGGAGGGGAAAGAUGGAUGGAAAUCUCUGCUGGACAAACACAGUCUAGUGCACGAAGCGGAGGAGUCCAUCGUUGCGAUUUACCAUUUGAUGAAAGGGGUCUCUUCCAGGACUAAUCCGUACAUUGCAGCUGAUGUUUGCGGUGGAAAAGGUCUGUUAUCCUUUCUGCUAUCUUACUACGAAGCACCAAAUCUGCAUUCCAUCAUUUUACUCGACAAGGCAGACAUUGACUGGAAUCAUAUUCACGAAGCCAACAGCACAGCUGGCCAAGAAAAGAGGCCACCCAUUCAUAUUUGGAGCGAAACAAACCUACAUGACUACGAUUCUAUUUUGGAUCGGUUUCAAGAAUUGCCGUAUCCUCUUGCAAUGACAGGAAUACAUCUAUGCAAACAAUUGAGUCCUUCCUUCUGUGGACUGGUGAAUGGAUUGGGACGUGAUCGGUGCAUCUAUGCCUGCCUGAGUCCCUGUUGUAUGCCCCGAGCAAUCACUGCACAAAAGAAGAAUCCCAACACAUCGUACUCAGUGCCCAUUCAACAGCUGGAGAAUACAGUGGACCGGAAUGCCAGGAGAGAUUACAUGGAACGACGAGAACGACUGAAAAGAAAACCAAAAACAGGCCCAUGUUUUCACUGCAAAGCCCCUGAUCAUAACCUGAUCGAUUGCCAACUUCUUCCGACACUGCCAAAGGAAGAACAGACACAGAUUCGGCAGGCUUGGCACGUUGCCACCAUUCCCUGUUGGAACUGUCUUGAACUUGGCCACUACAAAUCGGAAUGCCCUCGGAACAAUGAUAGUUCAAUUCGCAACUCAAAACAGCCACCAAUGGUGGAUGUGGAUGUCACGAACGUGCUCAAGGGUCCAAAGCCUUAUGAGACCUAUUGCAAUUUGCUGACGAACGGACUACCGAGUUGGCAAUGUCAAGUCAUUGAAACGGAACUGGAAAACCAGGAGAAACAUCAAGAGGGAAAUUGGAAUAGUGGAAGGAAAUCAAUCUACAUUGUCAUGAAGUAG